AUGCAAGACGGUUCUGGGUUCAUCUACACCUGCAGCGGGGAUGCGCCUCAAUUUCUUGCCACAAACUGUGCAAACAGUAAAGUGCCCUUAUCGCUCGUUCUCGGCGGUCCCUCGGGAGAAGAAAUUACUCGAGUCCCUGUUGGUACUUUUCAGUUUCUGGAAGGGUCGGGGGAUGACAACACAAGGUCGACUAAGAUGCUCAAGCAUGAGGAUAAAGCACCUGCCCCUGAGAUCGAUCAGCUGAGUACCCCAGUUAAGGUUGAGCCUCAGCUGCCAUCAGAUACAAAUAUCUAUGAAAAUCCAUCUCAACGAGAACAUCAUGGUGAUACCUUCCCGCAAGCAAAUGGCGGCAUGAUUAGCACUUGCAGCAGAGGCACGAGCUUCACGGACCCGCACUACCACCGCCGCCCGGCGGCUGGAUGGAGCCCUUAUCCAAGCACGCUGGGCAGCACGGGGAGGGGCCCUGGUGGAUUGGAUACUUCCUCGGUUGGUCGUCCGCCUUUGACAUCCUUGGGAAUGUCGCCUCCGUCUCACACUAAGGGCGCUCCCCAACUUGUCCGAACUAGCACCAUAACUACCAAUGCUGGAAACAACACAAGUUACCAUCCUAUCUCGCUUUAUUCUGGCAAGGCAGUUUUGAAGAUUUCAGGCAAGCGAGAAUCGAUGGUCGAGAAGUGGACAUCCGAGGAAUGUUCCAACCGUCGUCGGAUUGUCCUCUUCCGUAAGACACAAAAAGGAUCGACUGUCAACGCCACCUGCCAAUCCGUAAGCGUCAAUGAGCGACCAGCCAACAGCAUCUGCAUAUCAUGCAUCUGGUGGGCCGAAAAAGGCGAGUGUUAUGUCACAUCGGUCGACAUUAUCCGCCUUCUCGAGCAAUUUGUCGCAGCGCCGAACCGUUUUAGUGUUGAGGAGAAGAACCGCAUCCGUCGUAACCUAAAAGGUUUCAAUCCUCAGACAUUAUCCAAGGCCAAACCCGACAGCGAGGAAUUCUUCAAGAUCAUUAUGGGUUUUCCUAGCCCCAAGCCCCGCAACAUUGAGAAGGAUGUGAAGGUUUUCCCAUGGAAGAUUCUUGAGUCAGCGCUCAAGAAGAAUAUUGGCAAAUACAGUGCUAGUCCCAGCAGCACAGAAGCGACGUCCAGCAGGAUAAACUAG